AAGUGUUUCAGCCAAUCCCGGGCGGCUUUACACUCCGAUUUGCCAGGGCAGCCAAUCGGGGAUGAGCUUUUAUUAGGCGGCCAGAUCAUCAAGCCGAAGUGCCAAACCCUUUUUCUGUGUGAGAACUAGGAGCCUGUCCUCCAUGUUUUAUAAGUAUUGACAUUACACAGUGUUAACAAUGCAUCCACAGAGCUUGGCAGAAGAGGAAAUAAAAACAGAACAGGAGGUGGUAGAGGGCAUGGAUAUCUCUACUCGCUCCAAAGAUCCUGGCUCUACAGAGAGAACAGCCCAGAAAAGAAAGUUCCCCAGCCCUCCGCAUUCUUCCAAUGGCCACUCACCACAGGACACAUCGACAAGCCCCAUUAAAAAGAAAAAGAAACCCGGCUUACUGAACAAUAGCAAUAAGGAGCAGUCAGAACUAAGACAUGGUCCGUUUUACUAUAUGAAGCAGCCACUCACCACAGACCCUGUUGAUGUUGUACCGCAGGAUGGACGGAAUGAUUUCUACUGCUGGGUUUGUCACCGGGAAGGCCAGGUCCUUUGCUGUGAGCUCUGCCCCCGGGUUUAUCACGCUAAGUGUCUGAGACUGACAUCGGAACCAGAGGGGGACUGGUUUUGUCCUGAAUGUGAGAAAAUUACAGUAGCAGAAUGCAUCGAGACCCAGAGUAAAGCCAUGACAAUGCUGACUAUCGAACAGUUAUCGUACCUGCUCAAGUUUGCCAUUCAGAAAAUGAAGCAGCCAGGGACAGAUGCGUUCCAGAAGCCCGUUCCGUUGGAACAGCAUCCCGACUAUGCAGAAUACAUCUUCCAUCCCAUGGACCUUUGUACACUGGAAAAGAACGCUAAAAAGAAAAUGUACGGCUGCACAGAAGCCUUCCUGGCUGAUGCGAAGUGGAUUUUGCACAACUGCAUCAUUUACAAUGGAGGAAAUCACAAGUUGACGCAAAUAGCUAAAGUCGUCAUCAAGAUCUGUGAACAUGAGAUGAAUGAAAUCGAAGUAUGUCCAGAAUGUUACCUAGCUGCUUGCCAAAAACGAGAUAACUGGUUUUGCGAGCCUUGUAGCAAUCCACAUCCUUUGGUCUGGGCGAAACUGAAGGGGUUUCCAUUCUGGCCCGCAAAAGCUCUGCGGGAUAAGGAUGGGCAGGUCGAUGCCCGUUUCUUUGGACAACACGACAGGGCCUGGGUUCCAAUAAAUAAUUGCUACCUCAUGUCUAAAGAAAUUCCUUUUUCUGUGAAAAAGACUAAAAGCAUCUUCAACAGUGCAAUGCAAGAGAUGGAGGUUUACGUGGAGAACAUCCGCAGGAAGUUUGGCGUUUUUAAUUACUCUCUGUUCCGGACACCCUACACGCCCAACAGCCAGUACCAAAUGCUGCUCGAUCCCGCCAACCCCAGUGCUGGCACCGCCAAGAUAGACAAGCAGGAGAAAGGGUCCAAGCUCAACUUCGACAUGACGGCGUCACCCAAGAUCCUGCUGAGCAAGCCCAUGCUGAGCGGGGGCGCCGGGCGCAGGAUUUCCCUGUCGGACAUGCCUCGCUCCCCCAUGAGCACCAACUCGUCUGUGCACACGGGCUCCGACGUGGAGCAGGACGCCGAGAAAAAGGCCACAUCCAGCCACUUCAGCGCCAGUGAGGAGUCCAUGGACUUCCUUGACAAGAGCACAGCUUCACCAGCCUCCACCAAGACGGGACAAGCAGGGAGUUUAUCUGGAAGCCCGAAGCCCUUCUCUCCGCAAGCGUCGACGCCAGUCAUGACGAAAGUGGACAAAACUUCCACCACUGGAAGCAUCCUGAAUCUUAACCUUGAUCGAAGCAAAGCUGAGAUGGAUCUGAAGGAGCUGAGCGAGUCUGUCCAGCAGCAGUCCACCCCCGUCCCACUCGUCUCUCCCAAGCGGCAGAUCCGCAGCAGGUUCCAGCUAAAUCUUGACAAGACGAUAGAGAGUUGCAAAGCACAAUUAGGAAUAAAUGAAAUCUCGGAAGAUGUUUAUACGGCCGUAGAGCACAGCGAUUCAGAGGAUUCCGAGAAGUCGGAUAGUAGCGAUAGUGAGUAUAUCAGUGACGAUGAGCAGAAGUCCAAGAAUGAGCCAGAAGAUGCAGAAGACAAAGAGGGGAGUCGGAUGGACAAAGAGUCACCUGCUGUUAAAAAAAAGCCCAAACCAACCAACCCGGUGGAGAUGAAAGAGGAGCUGAAAAGCACAUCGCCAACCAGCGAGAAAGCAGAUGUGGGGGCAGUCAAGGAAAAGGCUAGCCCAGAGCCUGAGAAGGACAUUUCAGAAAAGGCAAAACCUUCGCCUCAUCCCACAAAGGACAAACUGAAGGGAAAGGAUGAGACGGAUUCCCCAACAGUGCAUCUGGGCCUGGACUCUGAUUCUGAGAGUGAACUUGUCAUAGAUUUAGGAGAAGACCAUUCUGGGCGGGAGGGUCGAAAAAAUAAGAAGGAACCCAAAGAGCCAUCUCCCAAGCAGGAUGUUGUAGGUAAAGCGCCACCAUCCGCUACGGCGGGCAGCCAGUCUCCCCCUGAAACGCCGGUUCUCACCCGCUCUUCCUCCCAAACUCCCACGGCUGGGGUCACGGCCACCACCAGCACAACGUCCACGGUCACGGCUCCGGCCGCCGCCGCCACGGGAAGCCCGGUGAAAAAGCAGAGGCCGCUUUUACCGAAGGAGACUGCCCCGGCCGUGCAGCGGGUCGUGUGGAACUCAUCAAGUAAGUUUCAAACGUCCUCCCAAAAGUGGCACAUGCAGAAGAUGCAGCGUCAGCAGCAGCAGCAGCAGCAAAGCCAGCAGCAGCAGCCUCAGUCUUCCCAGGGGACGAGAUAUCAGACCAGACAGGCUGUGAAAGCUGUCCAGCAGAAGGAGAUCACACAGAGCCCAUCCACGUCCACCAUCACGCUGGUGACCAGCACACAGUCGUCGCCCCUGGUCACCAGCUCGGGGUCCACGAGCACCCUUGCGUCUUCAGUCAACGCUGACCUGCCCAUCGCCACUGCCUCAGCCGAUGUCGCCGCAGAUAUCGCCAAGUACACGAGCAAAAUGAUGGAUGCAAUUAAAGGAACGAUGACAGAAAUAUAUAACGAUCUCUCUAAAAACACUACUGGAAGCACAAUAGCCGAGAUCCGCAGGCUGAGAAUCGAGAUCGAGAAGCUUCAGUGGCUACACCAGCAAGAGCUCUCCGAAAUGAAACACAACCUGGAGCUGACCAUGGCGGAGAUGCGGCAGAGCCUGGAGCAGGAGCGGGACCGGCUCAUUGCCGAGGUGAAGAAGCAGCUGGAGCUGGAGAAGCAGCAGGCAGUAGACGAGACCAAGAAGAAGCAGUGGUGCGCCAACUGCAAGAAGGAAGCCAUCUUCUACUGCUGUUGGAACACCAGCUACUGCGACUACCCCUGCCAGCAGGCCCACUGGCCCGAGCACAUGAAGUCCUGCACCCAGUCAGCUACCGCCCCACAGCAAGAAGCAGAUGCCGAGGUGAACGCAGAAACACUAAACAAGUCGUCCCAGGCUAGCUCCUCCAGCACGCAGUCAGCCCCUCCAGAAACGGCCAACGCCUCGAAAGAGAAGGAGACGUCAGCUGAGAAGAGCCGGGACAGUGGCUCAACCCUCGACCUUUCUGGUUCCAGGGAGACACCCUCCUCCAUUCUCUUAGGCUCCAACCAAGGAUCUGACCACUCCCGGAGCAGUAAAUCCGGUUGCUGGAGCAGCAGUGACGAAAAGCGGGGCUCGGCACGUUCCGAGCACAACGCCAGUACCAGUGCCAAGAGUCUCAUCCCCAAAGAGUCUCGGCUGGACACCUUCUGGGACUAGGGACAAAUCAACACACACCACCCAGCCCAUGGCGGGGGUGGAGGGGACAGACACCACAGCAGAGCCGGAAAAGGAGAGCCCCGGAAGACAGAGAACAACCACCUUCAGACUCGAGAAUUCCAGAUCUUCAGACUAUGCCUUGGCUCCUGGUGCAGAGAGCAGCCGACACUACACAACGUCCAGCAUUAGCUUUGACCAAGGACUGUUCUACCACAGGAAACCUAUGCUUUAGGUGUAAAUAAUGUACAAUUUCUGGAUGUCAUUGAACCUAGAGUACCUUCCUCUUUUUAUAUUUGUAUUAACUUUAACUUAUUUAAAAAAGAAAGAAAGAAAAACAAUUUAAAAAAAAAAGAAAACCAACAACAAAGAGAAUGUUUUGAUGUUAGAGAAGGGAUGGCCAGUCACUCCGUCUGUCACCAGGUAGUAGAACUCUGGGCCAGGGGUGGCCGUCCCACCCAGGGAGUGGGCCUUGACACCCCGGGGAACGCAAGACAUUUCCAUUUGCAUUUCUGUCCACAGCGCAUGGGGAUCAGGAGUUUCUGCACAGACUGUGCUAUCGUGGGCACAUCACAGCAAGCCAUCGGCCCCUUUCAGAUGCCACACUGUUAACAUUAUAAAAUGCAAGCUCUCUGGACCAGAAGGACCAUGGAGAAGUUAGUUUAUGUGAUUUCAGUGAUGACUCUACUCCUAAAAGGGAAAAUGAUAUCCUUGUUUACAGAAGACAAACAGAAAUGGGCCCUACUCAGCUCAAUUGCAGAAGAGAAGGAAAUAGCAAAGUGUUAGGGUCCUAUGCUCUGAAACGAAGAGGGGUCCGUCCUUUGCUUUGUGGUUCUUUCAAACACAUUUGCACACGCUUUGCAAGAGAUACCGUGCCUCUCCGAAGCAAGGACUCAAAGACAAGGUGUGCACAGAGGACAUCUGAGUUGGGGAUGAAGCAUGUAUGCAUUAUUUAUAUGAUGGAAUUUACGUUUUUAUGUAAGCAUGAAACAAAGGCAGUAUGAGAGAAAGCAAGACCACGCCAUGCUGUCCUGAUACACUACGUAUGCUGUAGUACCAUUCUGUAUGUUGUGUAAAACAAAAAGCAUUGAACAAAGCAAAAGGUGAUGUAUGUAUAUGAGAAAAUUAAUUGUAUGAUAGCAUUCCAGUACAUUUUGUUGUACAUUUUAGUCUCGUUUACUUUCUCUUCAUUGUCGAUAAGAGGAUGCGAAUUGUACAGUUUCCAGCUAGUUACCCAUAUUAGAGAAGAAAUAAAAAGAGAAUAUUAGAAGAAAACAGGAAAGAGAACAUUUGUGAAUUGCAGUUGUCAAAAAAAAAAAAAUAGCCUAGCUGGCCUUAUUUGUGAAGCAUAAUUGCUUUUAGCAUAUGGAAGUAUUUUUUUCACAUUUUCUUUGUAUAAAAUUUGUAUUAAACUUAAAUAUCUUUUUUGAUGAUGGUGUUUCUUUGUGACUGAGGCAGUAGACUCACACGGUAUGCUCUUUUGGGUUUCCUCCCCGUUUUUUCAGAUUCUUCACCUUUUUUUAAUUAAACUGUUUUGGAACAA